AUGGAAGUCCUACAGGUCCUCUAUCUACCUCAGUACGCGGCGGUGUGUUCCUGCUCACAAAGUUCAGUUCGCUCUUUGGUGGUCGAUCAGUACCAUAAUAUGGCCGGCAACAAGUAAGUUCCCAAGCGCUAUCCUACUUUGGUGUCUUUGGACCAACCAGUCCUCCAAUUCACAAUACUUUGUUUAGUUAAAGGUUUUCGUUUUAGUAGGUAACUUUUACUGAACUUAGGUGCACACUUGUUAAGUUGUUCGGCUAGAAAUCCACUUUCCGGGAGUCGACAGGGCUACCAACUUCACCAUAUGUUCCUCCUUCUAAACCAGUCGUUUUCAGCAUACUUUCACCGUAAUAAUAAACAAGGAGUCAAAAAUUUACCUUAGAUGGAGCUUUUCUGUCACACAUCAAGGAUUAAGUCUAUUUAUGACUGCGAUUCAUACUUAACAAAAAAUGGAUGGUCACUGAAAAGUUACUGUAGGGAAUUGUGCACUGUGAGUUCCGAUUCAAGAAAGAGGGCUUCAAUACGACUCCUUGGAUUCAAGAUUAUAAUUCCGCAGGAAUUCAUAUUUUAAAAGUCAACCAAGGAGCAGUCGCUUAAUUAAAAAUGCGAGUGACAUACGAGAGGUUGCAUGACAACAGUCAAGACUCGUUUCGAAGAUAAACAGCAAAAUUGGGGGACAUUUUCAGCCCACAUUCAAUUCACCGAUGCACUACUGCAGUUUUUGUUUUUUUCGAUGGUUGGUGUCCGCUUCAGUGUCCAGGAGAGAAACUGCGUCCGUUUAAUCGCCAUACAGGUCAAGAAAGCGGAGAUCAUAACAUAAGCUUUACAACCUAAUACCUCAAGUGUAGGCAACCACUGGGGCUCCAAGCCCAAAAAAUAACAGAAAGUGAGAUAGUUGGGUGGGCUCCACAGUAGUAACUUGCUUGUCUCGUCUACACGAGUCAUUUUUUGUCUAUUCCCAUAUAAUCCAUGCUUAUAAAAGAAAAACAAAAUUCUGCCUCGAUCGUAAACUACAUCAUUUCCUUACAUAAAGGGGCACACAAUGCGCCACUAUCCCAAAAGGAGUAACGACAUUCGCCUUCUGCUCAAGCUUAAACCUUAUAGCCACGGGAGGACGAGAUCGACUCAUAAGACUGUGGCACCCUCUCCUACUUAGCCGUCCAAUAGGUGCACUGAAAGGCAAUCUGUUUGCUAUUUGCGCCCUGGCCUAUCACGAACCGACUCGUCAUCUCGUCAGCCUUUCGACGUCUCGCACCUUUCGGGUGUGGAACGUGGAGCUCCGCGAGUGCGUCCAGGUAUGUUUUGCUAGAAAUGUCAUUUAUUCAUAAGAGUUCGGACCGACUCUAAACUUGGAGCUUCAGGGCGAAACGGAAGUUCCCAUUUCCGUUUUGCAGACAGGACAGGCCAGUGCAAAUCUUCACCUCAUCCAGGCCGUAAAUAAAAAUUUCCGAGGAUUUAGUUGAACGAAUAGAAAUCCAGCCAAGCUAAGUUUUUAAGGACUUUGUCUUUAUUUUGGGAUAAUUAAAAUUUCCUCCCCAUGUGCCACUUCAGCUACUUGUGCAUGAUGCCAAGGCCGGUUUGCUGUCGUGACAGUCAGAAACACGGUCUUACCUCGUCCGUGGACCCUGUGUCCUGUGUUUAGGCGUAUGGUAUAGGUGUUCAGUCACAAGCGCUCUCAAGAGAACACAGAAUAAGCCUUAAGCGGGCGUUUGCUCAGCAUCCACUAUAUUUGUCAUUUCGGCCUUUGAUACAACCUCCAUGGCCAUUUUCCGAUCUGGAAGGUAACUGCCUGGUUGUUAUCCAUGCCAAUAGAGAACAGGUCUCGUCUUCUCCAUGGAACACUGGAAUACGAAAGCUAUUGACAUUCAUUAUUAUUAUUAUUAUUAUUAUUAUUAUUAUUAUUAUCAUCAUCAUCAUCAUGGGACACAUAUCGCCUAUCGUAAGGAUCUUUUUACAGAGAAGAUAAAAAAUUCGCGGAGGAUGAGGGCAGUCAAAUGGUCGGCUCUUGUGAUCAUUCAGAAAUCCGACAGAGCUAUCAAAACCCAGCUGACGGCACAGGUUGCUACGUUUUUAACUAGAGACUUACGGUACAUAACCUGCCGAAUAAUGACUGAAAACAAUUGCCUGUAAGCUCAUUUUUUUGCGAACACAGAAAACAAUAGGAAGUUCAUUUGAUGUGGCCCUUGCUAGGGAAUUUCGCUGAUAAGGCAUUGCUUCCAAUCUCUCCUUUUCUGAACGAGGCGUAGGUUCUCUACAGAGGCUACUCCCAAUGACGUCUGUCUGUUAGAGAUAUGUGCUAAAAACUCAAAAGCCCCAAGUGCACGAAAAGAGAACGGCCCUAUGUCUGACCGUAUGACAUCUAAUUCGUACGCUCACUUGUUCUUCUCUCCACAGUACACAAAUGGAUUAUCCGAGUUGACCCAAUCGUCGGUCAGAUGAAUACAAUGGUUAGCAUGACAUGAAGUCUCAAUUUAAAAGCCUGUCACGCACGCGCUAUGAUAGUGCGGAAGUGAAAGAUGCCAUAAACGUAACAUUAGGGAGCCACUGCGGUCCACCUCUCCAUGUUGGGGAGACACUUAUUCCGUCAGCUUGUAACCUUCCAGACCACAACUGAGAAAGACCGAGGUUGAAGCACCUUGUAAUCAUUAAAGUUCGGAGUGAGCGGAGCCGCCUUAAGAAAGUGUACGUCAGUUUCACUGUCAGUUGUGCGCGAGACGAAACGAAUGUGCAAAGCGACCUUAAUUACCCCCAACUGCUACCGGUCCCUGGAAAAGGCUCCCACUUUUAUUCCAGUGGCAACGAAAAUAAUAUUUUGGGCAAACAAAGUGGCGGGCCAUGCGGCAGUCGGAACCUGAAAACUAGUAGCGGUUAUGGUAAUGUGUGUAUGCGUUAACCACAACAGUCAUCGGAAAGAGUCCCAUUUGGAAGGGGAAUACGACAAACCUCCGACUGUGGAACCCAUCCUGGGACGCUGUCUUGGGAAAAUUUUAGGUCUUUCAGUUAUAAAUAAGUGUGAUAUUAUUUUGUUAUUGAUUGAACAUUAGCUAUUUAUAAAUAUCUCCUCGCGUAAAAGACAUGCUACCCACUGACUGUGACUUUUUAGGUCGUUGAAGAUCCCACGACCUCUAACUGGGAGCAACAUAUCUAUUCAAUGGCGUUUGAUGCAACUUUUGAAAAUCUCCUAACUGGUAUGCAGGAACGAAUCUAAAGAGUUUAUAUAUAAUAUAUGUUUGCGUAAAGUAGAAUUCAUGAUAGAAGGGUGAGAAAACAAUCAAGAAAACAUAAUCUGACCAAACUAAGAUCUCCACGGGUAUGUCACAACUAACUGCCCAUCUAAGUUUAUUGCUAAUGAUUAAAAUGCUGGUAGGGAAUGAAGGAUGUGACCGAGCUUGACAGCUAAGACGACUACAUUAGUUUUGUCACUAUGCGGCUAGAUGAAACUGUGGAACUACAUGGAGGGUAGUUGUUGAAAAAAGGGGGUUAAAGGACGCGUCUACGCCCGUUUUGAUAUUUAUUCUGCUGCAUAACACGGCUGACGAAGUUGCGAUGUUUAAUGAAAUCUAUUUGUGUACUUUAGACAUCAAACGCAAUGAAACAUUUCCCGCAAACCUCAGGCACAUUUGGUUAAGUAAUCGGAAACGCUAUUAAACAUAUAGCAGAAUAAGUUAAGUGCGCCGCAUGAAAUUGAUGUGCCGAUAACUUUAACGGAAAUUGGUGUUCAAAAACAAGCGGUAUACAUUGAACCACCGACAAAAACCAUAUAUCCGAAAUAUGACACUGUUUGGUGUACAAAACUAUAGUUAUUUGCUAACCUUGUGACGAAGGACGGGGACAUACGAGCAACUUUUACAAAGCCAAAGGAAACAGUGCAAUAAAUCUAAUGGCCAGUCUUCUUUAACCCAUAAAUUAACGAAAAGUUUGGCGUCUGUAUUUUAAUAUUACAAGAUGAGCGGUAAACCCAACGGUCCGAAUUAUCGGACGGGCAAUAAUCGCAUGAAGGUGAUCUCUUCGGAUACUGGCAUCAUGACCGAAGCGGCGAGGUAUGCCAUCGCAAACCUACAGCGAUGUCAGCUUAAUUACAUGAUUCUAAACUACACUUCGCUAAUAGCCCAAUAUGUGGCCACAAAACUGCGAAGCACAAUGAACCGGAUAUGCAAAGCAAAUACGUAUCCCUUCAGUGUUCAUACCCGAAGAGCAGCAACGUAUGACGCGUCAGGGAACGACUCAAGAGAGUGCGGUAUUAUCGGGACGAAUGAUUUCGAUGUAUUCAUAAACAUCUCUCCGCAAGAAUUUCGAUAAAUAACAAACAGACCAUUGAGAUGUAAGUAAUACAAUCAGAUUCGUUAAAAUUGACCUGUUGUGAAUCAUUCAUCAUAAAUCGGUAUUUCGCACUACUCGAGACUCUGAAGCGUUUCCCUUGACAUAAGAUUUCAGCGCAUGCAACCGAUUUGUUGAAUAUUCAUCGUGCAUUUUCAACUUGCCGACCAACAGUUUUGGUAGCAGGCAAUUCAGAAACGAGAAGCGAAUGAGGCACCGCAGAUAUAUGGAAGAUUAAAUGAACAUCUGAAUUUUUGAACUAUCCCCACUUCGUUUACCGACAACAACACAGUGGAUAAGAUAACGCUACUUUUUGUGGUGUAGGUGGUGGUGGUGGUGAUGGGGAAGAGUAAAUGACCCGUCUCCAUGUGUCGCACACUCGUUUGGUUCCUUUUUCUGACGGUCAUGUCCUCAAUAAUACGUAGUGGUGCCGUAAAGUCCACAUGAAAAAUUGUCUCUUUUUGUCUGACCGUUUUAAGGGAAGGACAAGUACUUCGCCCUCUGGCGACAGUGCGUUUGACUACUGUUUGCGCUUCGUAUGAGAUUUAAGGCGAACAUGAAGGCAUGAAGGGAGGAAAUCAUCUCCUGACUUGGAAUGGAACGACCUCACUCCCUCCUGCAUAUUCCACGUCUCACUGACCUGUUGAGUUGAAGUGAGAUUUGGCGCAAUGUCUGACAUAAAGUCGUCGUCUAACAGCCGACAUACAUGGGCUCUCCAUUCAAAAAGAGACUCCGCAAUGAUUGCAUUGGUAGGCAUAAUUUCAGUCCGACAGUCUUUACAAAGAAGACUCUGGUUAUCUUCAACUGGCAAGCUUCUGCGGCGAGAUUUUUAACUCGCUGUGGUGACUCAAGCGUUUCCGGUUGGUUAUAGGAGAGAAUACAUUGAACGGCCACGGGAAGGGAUAUCCCAGUAAUGGUUUCGUUGUCUCUUCCGUACCCCCUGCACCAGUGACCUGUCCAGGCCUGCCGGCUGACUGGAAUUUAGAAUGGUAGAAUUGACUAGCAUGACGCAGAUGGCCCUGUCGUAUGCCGAGCCCAGACAUGAAUGCAUGCACACACGAAUAUUCGAUGCUGUUCGCCCUGGGCUAAUGCAUUAGGAUACGACGACUCAAAUUUGUGCCUAUACAACCAGAAGGAUUUUGCUGUUUCUGCAAGUUAGGAGAUGGUAUGCACAUAAGCUGUGGAUGAUAUUUCACUUUUCGUUGCCGUGCAUGCCUAUAUGGUGAAAUAAGUCCACCCUUCCGUCGAAUAUGCGCAAACAGUGUGAACACAGAGGGUGGAUGGCCAUUUGUUCAUUGAACACAGGUUGCCAGUUCCCCGGUUGAAGUGUGGUGGACUUUUUGGUGUCUAAUCAAGUCGAUUUGUGGUAGAAAUGCUCAUUGACGGAGCAGAAAAGUUUAUACGAUAUCUCCUUCACUGGUGGCCGCGGUCCCUUUCCUGACAUGUACAAAAGUGUCCAAUAAGGGAAAACCGGGGCUGAAAUGUGAUGCAGAUGAGGAGACCAACUUCAGUCAUAUGAGUAUUAUGUUGACUGGUGGGAAAUAUUGACAAAAGGGUGAUGAUAGCGUCCUGAGAGUUUUGCAUGCUUUUUACUUUCCCGUAGUCUACUGCCUUCAGUUUGCCUAAGCUUCUUCGGCUGCUUGUUGUGGCUGAAGGUCUUAUGCAAAGAGUUCUCUGAGUUUAUUUUGCCGAUACUUGAUGUAGGUAAUAUUUCUGUGCCAUGCCCGCAAGUAAUCGUAAAGAUGUCCUCGCAGAAACAUCGUUUCAGCAGACACACUCCAAGGUAUCAUUGCAGUUUGACUUCCCUUUCGAAUUUGAAUGUGCUUCAGCACGGUAUGUACACUAAACUUAUCGGCUGGUUUCCGCAUCUGCAUACCAAUGUCUAUUCUUGCUGUUUACCGUCUAUAUUACUCGGAGGAAGGUUAGGGGGAGCUGACUUUCAUUUGUCAAACUGCCCAGGUCUCCGGGUCACAAAAAUGUGUGUCCCUGGGUAGGAAUACCCCAUAUUCUGAUUUUCGAGUCGUGAGGGGUUUCGAGGCUAUCACAAACUGACUGAUUUGACUUUUUAAAGCCCCGGCCAUAUUUAAAGAUUUAGACCACAAUGGGACAAUGGAAUGGUCAUUUCCGAUUGGUUCGCUGUCAAUAGCUAGUGGUACGUUAAACGCAGGUGCUGCCGUAUCCGAAAUUUGAAACCAGUUACAGUAACUAUUUACCCGGAGGUCUAAGAAUGGCAAUGUCCAUUUCCUCCCCACAAUAAGGGUAAGUCAGUCAAGGUCAUUUCUGUGUCACUCCACAUACUCUGAAUCCUAUCUGGUGGGAAACCAACUUGACAACUCAAGUGAAUGGAGCGUUGGGCGAAAUUGCACAGUGACCAAUUGCACUGAGAUUUAAGGGUCCGAUGGGUCAGCAUCUCGGCUAAGGUAUCGCCGACAAUAUCACACCGUUACACCAGGAAUUUUAAAUUUGGUUUUAAUAGCUCUUUGAGUCGGACAAUCUUGAACAAGAGCCAGGGACUUACAUAUGCAGUGUUGAAUAUGAUAGCGAAUACUCAAAGUCGCAUUUAAGCGUCAUUUUCACACUUGUCCUAGGACGAACUGCGGACAAUUACUUGGACUCAGAGUUAUGGUCUGGGACUUUUGGAAAAGCACGCAUAAUGAUACCCUUGAAACAUUUUAUGCAAAUAUUGUCUUUUUGUUCUUAACCAUCGCUGCAUUCAUUGGUAACACCUGAGAAAGCCGGGCUAUAGUUGUCAACCUGCAUUCUGGCCAUCGUCCUAGGACAGCUGAAUAAGACGGAGUAAACGAAAAACUGUCACUGCACUCAUUCCGUUCGCUAAAUUAUACCCAAGGGCAUUCAGCCUUGUUGUGUGGCUCCCGCAUUAAAUUUCAUAGAGUACUGUUUUUCGCCCCUUUCCACCUUCAUAUCAAAAUCAUAGCUUGCGUUUUCGAUAGACUGAAUUUAUCGAAUUGAUGUGAAAGGAUGUCCCUCGUGAGCUUCCUUAAAAGCGCCUGCAUGAAAGUAUUUGCAAUUUACAGUAUGUUCAAUUUAGUGUUCUAAAUUUCACUGGGUUUGGUUCAGUUUGGAUUACCUUCCCUUCAUUCACUCAUGAUUUCCCUGUCUUUUUAUAACUGUAAUGCAAACUUUCUGUCUAGCAGUGCAUAGGGAUUUUGCAUUGAUAGAUCCUCAAAAGUUCUUGCGUCUGACCUAUUAGACAUUUAAUAUUUUCUUGCUAAAAAGUCAGUCAUUCCGCAGUUUUGUUGAAACGUUAUGCUCAACAGGUGGUGCGGCUAUCAAAGUCUGGGAAAUCGAAUCUCCGAGGAUUGGAGAAGCUCAGUUAGAAAAGUCGGACGUUUUUGAGCCUAUCAACUACCUCUUUCCCUUCAGUUUCCCCUGUGCUAUUCAACCGAACACGUCGAAAGGUGGGGAAGGAAUACCGCCGAGCAGGGUACAUGAUGUACUGAAACCAAUUAUUUGUGCUGUCAUCUCGGGUGGCCAUCGGUUGACUCUCUACGAGACGGCCGGAGGACGCAUAAUCAAUUCGACAGAUGAAUCCGAAGCUGAUUUAUGCCCUAGCAAAAAUGAGAACGUUUUCAUUUCAGCCGCAACCUUAGACAGAUCCACCAACCCAAAGAUGGCCACCGGAAUGUCGAAUGGUCAGUUCACUUGCAAUUUCCGAGCUGUUUAUUCAAAUGCCUCGGGGGUGAUAAGAGCACAAUUAUAUCCUUACAGGUAAAAGAGUUAUACAUGGACUGGUCAGAAGGAGAAGAUACGAUCAGUUAAACGAGAGGUUUGCUGGCCUGGGGCUUGGGAUUCUCGAUUGAAUCAGCCUUCAGAGACACUCGCAGAAAGGACUAAUGGAAGCACAAGGGGCUGAAUGCUUAUAGGACGCAGUUAGCAGACGGCCAUAUAUAAUUAUUGGCUGCGCUCGAGUUCGCCGCUGUGUCGUAUUUGACGUUAUGAUUGUUCAUCGGUCCUUACCCGUUUUCGGUACGAACUGUUUCCUGGAACUCGCCACUUUGCUUCUAUUAACAUAGCUUGUUAAUUAUGACAGAUGGGCGCUCACUGAUCAGAUUACAAAUAUGCUAGUUCCGUUGUGCCUUGAGGGUCAUACUAGAACCCCCACAGGCAGUCGCGUAGCGAGUGGUAGUAGAAAGAGACGAUAUGAUACAGACAAAGACAAGGGAAACCGAAAUGGCAAUUUCCGGAUUAUUAGCUGUCAUCAGCCAGUCGUACUCAAUCUCAAGUGAAGAUCCUUUUGGAUUGUUAUUUAGACAAAGGACAUUAUAGCCGAGAGAGGCCUGUGCCAAAAGUCCCUUUCAAAUUAUCCUAAAGUAAUCAUGAUUUUUCAACAGAGAAAAUGUGUUAUCGUAGACAUCUUAAUCAAACGCUAAAUGGUAUCUAGAGGAUACUUAUUUUUGAUGGAAUGAAAUCAUUAAAAUCUCGGUUAUUCCAUCAUUAUAAAAUCGCAAGCGCAAACACUAAACAACUCCAUUUAUGAAGGUAGUUUAAUAUAGAUGUCAACAUUUUUGCUUUUUCAAAGUUUGCGGUUAGAAGAACAAGUGCAUAAGUCUCUAGCAUCACUGAGGAAUGCAUAAAAUCAAAGACGAAAAGCACAACAGGAAUGCGUACAACCGGAGUUGGGUUUUGUGUGACUAGCUAUGAUCAUUUGAUUUUUGCAUGCAAAAAGUGAAUUAGAUUCUCUUAUUACAACAUUAAAUCAGAACCGACGUCGAUAUAAAAUUUACGGCCCACAAAUGAAUAUGACAUGCGAGUAGAGUGCUGUUUUCCGGCACCUGUUUAAUAAGUAAAGCGAAUAAGCGAGAGCAGGAGGUGGGAGAAAAGCCCAUAUUCGAUAAAAAGUUAACGAAUUGCCAAGGGGAGUACGAUUGCUUGAACAGUCUUAAGUAAAAAAUAGUUUGGGAUUGCAAGAUAAAAUAAGUUUCGUGAAAGAACCAGGUCCCAUCAAUAGGGAAAUAAGACCAGAUUUGUUAAAAAAAACCUCCUUGGAUUCAGUCUACGGUUUCACAUUCCCGGCUUUUCCACGUUUUAAGGCGCUAUGGCUAGAAAAAAAUGCCUCCAAAGAAAAGUUGCACGUCUGCCUAUGCGCUUCAGGAGAAACCUACUGCAGGAAAUAUCUACUUCAUGUGCAAUAUUUGGCGUGUCCCUGAGAAUAAAGAGAAAUUUUAUCCAAAAAUCCCUUUAGCCCGAGGUUUUAAGAAUCUACAGUAUGAGAGUUUCUUCUGAUCUGACUAAAAGUAUAUACAUUUUUCGUUUUGAAGAAGUAAAUAUCAUUAUAUCGAUGCAUCCAUAUUUUGUAUUCUUGAAUGUAAAAAAUACGAAAGCUCCUUUAGCGUGUUCAAACCCACUUCAUGGUUCAUAUAAGAUUGGCACUUUGCAUAGCUCACAAGGACUCAAGAAUGAAGCAUAUAAUUUUAAUGCCACAUCAGUGAAUUAUUUUUGCAUCUUUUUGACGUUGUCGACUCUUGAAUUCAACAUGCGGUAUGCUGGUCUAGGGUAGAUGGCGCAAUUUCUUAAAAAGGGAACGAUUCCGUCACCUUUCUGUAAGUGUUCUUUUACGUCCCAGAACAAGUCACAUUGUUUAAAUAAGUCCAACACGACCUGCCUAUUCUUCAAGGCCAGUCGUCUUAGGUAUAACCUACACCUCCGUUUAUUUUAUUGGUCUGAUGUGGCUCGGUAGCCACAUCUUAAGUAAACAAACCCCAGUCACCUCUAAUUUGGAACCGGCGGUAAUAGGGGUUUUUGCAGGUGGGACCAGGGAAAGCACAGGCGAAGAGGUCAAGUAGUUGUUUGCUAAAGAAAAGCUAUUAGUAAUGCGUGGUUGUACUUUUAAUGGUUGAUAAAUAGUUGCGCUAGUCCCUUAACCUUUACUAUAACCCCAACAGUAUUGUAUCCACAGGUGGGCCUACCAAACCACAUUCUACCCUUUUAGUUACAUUUCCGUCUAUAAUAUUUUAAGCGAAGGGGAAGCUAAUUUUAAAAGUCCAAGUAAAACGCCUCCAAGAACAGACACAGUAUGGUUAUUUUUGAAGUAUGUCCACCGAUCUGGUUAUGGAAUUCGUUCGUUCUAUUCUACCUUAGUUUUUAAUACAGGCAGUCUCAUAGCGGUCGGGAAUAUAUGCCGACCGAUAAACGCCCUUCUAACAUCAUGACGACGGACUCGUCGAUCUACUGCCAAGAUUGCUGGGCCUAAAAAGUUCUAUGGCCAAAGAACGUGAGUUAGAGUUUCAGGCGUGGUAAAACCUGGGUUAAGAUAAUACUAGUUAAUUACGAUUAAUAAGUCAAAAAUAACCAUCUCAGUCUCCUCUGCGUUUGUCGGAAGUCUUUUCAGACAUAGUAUGUAUUUAUAGCGGCCAAUUAUCCGGCAGGUUAAGGGAAUGUGAGAUAUGCUAGAUAUUCAAGCAUUUUUUCUCAUUGCGGCAAUUAAGCACUGUAUUAGGAAAAUAUGUGGUCAAAGAAUAGGGAAUAAUAACCGAAGUGUUACUCACAAAUACCGCGGAGGCGAUUAUGAGCAUGUCCGGUUUAUGCGUGACUGUCAGCCAGCCAUGCCACAACACCAAGUAGGCAGCUGGAGUUGGAAGGUUACGCGAUCUGGAUCCGAAUUCAGGCGAUGCACCAGAUGAGUGAGUUAGAAAUUGUUGUGAGCCAGCAGAUAAGAGUUCACCCAUUGGGUGCCUCGGUGGGAUUGGAAAGAGGACCGCCUGACUACAGCAAAUACGCAAGAAAUGCUCACGCAAGUCUCUCUCGUCUUUUUACUGUCGCCUUCUAACUGCAGAUUUCCCGUCGUUCGAGGAACCGCUUAAUAUUACUUCGAACUCGCAGAUCUGACAAAAAACGGAAAUUUUAUCAUUUCAUCUUGCAUUUAUGAACACCAGUGAAUUCCAUUUUCGGGCAAAUAAGCAUCAUUUCCAUAUCAUGUCUGUACUAAUCUGAUUUGGACUUCAAAAGACUAUAAAUCAUAUCGUAAAAUAUCACCACUACAAUUACUUUACUUACUUGUUCUCACAUAAAAGCUAUGUAAUAUACACUGAAAAAAACAGUUUUUUCUGCGUUAUUUUGUGAUUUUAUAGGAAAUAUUUACAUGUGGGACAUAGGAACAGGAAGAAAUUUAGCUUACGGAAAUCUGGCCGAGUAUUCCAUUCUCGGCGGCUGCAAGUGUCUCAAGCGGACUCGAACUGGCAGGUUAGAGCCCACGCCGAAUCCUGGAACGGAAUUGGAGACGGCGACAGUAGAAGCUGAUGGAACAGCCAAUUGGCUGUGCGCUUCGCCAUCCGUCUUAGGGAUGCAGUUUUACAAACAUAUGUCAAGCAAAUUUCUGUUAGUCAUCGAGUCAAACGACAAAAUAAAAGUUUGGCGGGUAAGCGAAAGGAAAAAGUCCUACAACAUGCCUGUCUGACAACAAUGCCGAUCAUUAUAAUCCCAGAUUCUUUUUACUUUGCGCUUUUUCGCAUAUGCAAGUGAUAGACAGACCGGAAGCCCCCAGUCAUGGUUGUUAUGGACAUAGAUUUAAAACAAACAAAUAGGCUACUGUUUUGUAUUGGAGAUUUCAAUUUUGAGGUCAUCUUCAGUAACGAUGUUUCUAUAGACGUAAUCUAUGGGUGAAUGAAGCGAAAGAUGUCAGCAAUAAAACAUAUUUGGAAGAUGUUUUUUAUUCUUUCAGCGCUAACAAAAUCUUAAUACGUAAUCAGUGUCAACGGGAAUUUAUUGAAACACCACGGCAUGAAAUGUUCAAUGAAUUCGGCAGAAUUCUCCUCUUUCUCUAGAGAAUUACAAAGUAUGGGCUUCGACUCCAUUUGGCAAAAUUUGCAAACAUCACCAUGUGCUACUAGAGGAAAGUCGACAGAAAUUAUAGUUAAUAAAUUCGACAAGAUAUGGGAACAGGAACGCCCAUAGUAAUACAUUUGGCCUUGUGGAGUAUCAGGACGUGAAAAUAUUUCCAAAUUUCAGCCGUAGUCCCAAUACCGAACCUACCCCCAACUUGGCUCCAGUCCUAACGUUAAUCAUAACCAUAAUCCUAACAUUAGGCUUAACCCUGCCGUAUUCCAAACCCUAAACUUAAUACUUAACCAGUUCUUCUUGGGAACAAGAUUAGACUCACAGAAGCAGAGGGAGUUUCCAUUCCUGUGCCUUGUCAUGAUUUCGCAGGAACAUAAAACCUUCACCCUGAAAAUUUAGCGGUUUCAUUGUUGCAAUUAACAGCCGAUCGGUAUGCUAAAGCAACGUCGAAUGACUGAGUAAUCGGUAUAGCGAAUGCAUUAGCGUGCUUUCAAUGAUGUACACAAGUCUCGUCUUAUUAUGUGCUCCGAGCCGUUUAUUGAAAGUUUGUAUCGAGAUAGACUGUGUUAUGUCACUCGUAACAAUAUCUUGAGCGCCAAUGCAAGAAAGUUUUAGCUUGUUCCCUUUGUCCAUUUGAGACGCAUUUUUGCCGGCCAGAGCGCGAUCGUUUUUUGACUCUUACUGUUCUCCUUUUGAAAGUUCAAGUUUUCUUGCCAAACCAUAAAAUAACAUUGGGGAGAGAGAGACCCCAAUUAGACCAGUUUUGUUAUUUUUCAUACAUUGAAACAAUUACCAUACUUCCUCGAGUGGUUCAGACUGCGCAAGUUCACUUUAACAUCACACAAAGAGAUGUUGCAGUAGGCCUCGCCUUAGAUCCAAACGCAGCAAUCUCGGCAAGAAUUUUAUAUGUUAAUUUAAGACCGUUAUUAAGUAUUAAACAGGAUGCACAUAGUUCCAUGAGACAACUCACUGAGGUAAACAAAAUGCACUGUGGGGACUCCAAAUUUAAUAAUGAUUGCCAACAAUGUAACAUCCGUUUCGAAGAUUAUUUUGAAAUGACGGUCCAUUCUCAAUUUCAUAGGUCUUAAGCAAGCACGGAAUACAUCGACUGCUCCUAGUGCAUUUAAUCAAUCUCAGUACAGAGGUAAAUUGGCCAAUUUUAUCUGGUUAUUUUCGCAUUUUUUGAAUCACUAUAUUCUACUGAUUCUGUGGUGUUUCAAAGUGUCGCAGAACAAAUCCCGAUGAGAUAUAAUACGUAUAAAAUAAGCUAACUAAGUGAAGCAAUUUUCGCAAUUUCGUAGGAUUGUGGCGGGAAGAUCUUCGAAUGAUCUUUAGUCACCGCCUUCUUUGCAGGGAGGGUGGACCAGAUUUAAUCCGACUCCGUCAAACAGAAAACUGUCCAUGUGUCCCUCUAGACAACCUACCGAUUGCUUGACCUACAUAACGAGACUGAUGCUAAAAGUGAAGGCUUGCGACAAAUCUUUUCCACGCUGACAGUUUUUAAACCGUCGUUUGUAAUUGGUCGAUUUGCCCCGUGCCUCUGAACAUAUCUAUCGGUUUGUCAAGUUUAGGUGGAAGAAGCCUUUGCAGCUUGUCUGCAGAGUAUAUCUAUCGAACUGUCUUUUAUGGUUUAAGGGAAGUGUGAAGUUAUCAAAUUCAAACAGAACCUCUUUAAGUUUCCUUGAAUGAUUCCUUAAAGACUACAAUCGUCCGGUUUAGUGACCGCCAAGAAACGCGUAAAUUGAAGUAAUCUCGCCCGUAAGGCAGACUAUGUAUGGGGUUGGCGUUUUUUCUCGUUGGGGGAGAUCGUUCGAAUUAAAGAUUCCCCUAAUAUUUGUCAGCAUACGUCUUAAAUAACUACAAUUGAGUAAGAAUUUCCCCGUCGUCGUUUGGAGUUCAUUUUACUUGGCUUUUUAAUACACUUAUGAGCCAAAACAAUAAGUAAUUCUUUGAGAACUUAUUACGCUAACUUCCUUGCCCUUAACAGGGCGAAACCAUAACAGACUGCGGCAAAUUACUGUGGUUUAUAAAAAACCUAACCUAUGUAUUUAUGAAUCCAAUGCAAUCAAAUAUAAGCACGCCUGCAUCGUGUUUUACAUGGGUGAGUAUUGUAGGGGACAAAACAUCAUAUAAAUCUCUACCACAUGAAAAUACCGACGGAGACACUAGUGCUGAACACUGCUCUUUCCCUGUAAAUCGGAGGACCUAAUGUUCACUUACGUUUUUGAGAAUUCCGGAGAAGGUCUUUGACUACGCGCAACCUUCUGCCAAAUCUUCAUUAAUGCUUCUUCCAUCAGACCUGAAACCUUUUACAAUAUCGCAGUAGUUGUCAGAAAAUCAAUAAUCACAUGCUUACAUUCCUUAAGUUGACCUAUGUAGCUACAGGCGUUACUUUCCAGACUCCUAUUUCUCCCUUUAGAAACAUGAGCAUUCGCAAUUUGCAUGUUUCACCUUCUCGGGAGACGAAGAAAAAAUACAGCAGCAAACGAGUGCAAAAUCUUCUCAGACUGACGGAUUCCUCAUCUGCAGUGUCGAGGGGACCGCCAAAUUUCUCCCAAUUCAUGAUCUUCACAAAGAAACCCGGUACAAAAAUAUUAAUUUACUGUAUAUUUAUUUUUGCCUCAAGAUUACGGAUAGGUCGUUUAUCAACGGCGAAACUUUUGCCGUGACUCUGGGAGAACAAAAAACGCAAACAUUUUGCCUACUUUGGUUAGGAAAUAAAAACGAAAGCCCGCUGACUUUAGGAAAUUUAAAUCUAUCACUCAAACCAAACCUCUAUUAUUAGGAAGUCUUUUGGGUUGAAUCUUCUAGGAAUCAAAAAACAGUGAAUUUAGAGUGGAAGUUAUUCAGUGCUCUGAAGUCUGAUAGAAAACCAACGGUCUUCUUAGUGUAAUUUGGACAUUUAAAAACUGUCUUCUAGUCCCUGAAGGCUACUUUUUCGUGCGAUCUCUAGAAAUUGUCUAGCCUUUUGUGUUUGCAUUUUAAAAAUUAUACGUUUUAUUUAAUCGAAGACAUGCCAUUUUCAGAAUUUCUUUCCGAAAAAGCACACAUAUUUUGACAAAGGCUGCGUUUGUUUCCAAACGGACAGUUAAGAGUCAAAGGUAUGUAAAAACUUAUCUCUGAACUAGAUAAAUGUUCCGCUAUUCGUGGUGACUGUAAAAUCUUUGUUUACGCUGAUUUAGUGCCUGAGUAUAUUUUGUCCUUUUCAGGAAUGCAGAGGUGAGUAAGCUCUUAUUAUUUCUAACUAUAUUUGUCUGAUUCGUUUAGCAACUUCUUCCGAAAAUAAAUAAGAUUAUACUAUGCCUUCCUGAUGACCCACUUGUCGAUGUUUAACUCCGAACAGAAUAUAUCCACCUAGGUGGCUAACCAGACUUAUUAUCUCCAAAUCUACUCCGCGUCUUGAGAAGUUCAGUUCAAUUUUAUUAAAGGAAAUAUAAGCGAACGCCUUAGAACUCACUAUUGGUUCGAAAUUGCCUGAGAAAAAGCAUCGAUACGUAGAAAGUUGACAGAUAUCGCUUACAUAAUUGCAUGCGCGAAACGGGCAGCUGUCUACUAGUCAAAAAGGGUAAACUCAGUCAUUGUAAGUCGGAUGACAGGUUAUGUGAGUGCAUGUGUGGGCGGUAGUUAGGAAGUUUGAUGCACUUCGAGUCCACACUUAAAUGAAUCCACACAGGAGGAGAGUACAUCAGCAUUAGGCAGGGCGUUCCACGCUGCAGCCACUCUGUUACUGAGCAACAAUCCAGGCCAUCAAUAAAGCGGAAAGUUAUUAUAAGAUCACCGCGUCGGGAAAGGGGAACAGGUUGAGGGUUGACAGUCUGGUUUCCCUUUUGCUGCCCGCCUGUGCACCUUCUAUAAAACGGCACGGUCCUUGACAGUUCAUGGCUAAUUCUAGAUACGGCCGCACGAGGGUGCCAAACAUUUUGGAAAAGCUGUGUUUGUCAAACCCAAUACGGACCCACCUAAUGAGCUGCGAUUUGGACAUGGCUGACUUAGCCGUCUUCGCGCAAUUCAGCCUUGGUUUGAGCGAAGAAGUUAUUCACACAUUCAAGUCCUUCUGACUGUCAACUUGUUGCAGUGGUGUACUGUGAAGAAAGUACGUCCUGGGGCUGGAGGCAUUGUAGCUGCCGGGUUGAAGAAAGCACACUUACACACAUCGAAGGGCAGAAGCCAGCGAUUCGAUCAAUCCCCGAGCCUGUUCAAGUUGGUUUGCAGGUGGUCUUCGUCUGUCGCAUUGCGAAUACUUUUUCACAAUUUGAUCUCGUCAGCUUACAGGAUGACAUCAUAGCCUAAGUUCCCGACACAGUCAUUAUUGAAAACAUAAAACAAUGUGGGUCCUAAGAUUGAGUCCCGCGGGACGCCGCUCACCACGGUACCCUCUGAGGACUGCCGGCGUCCGACCUGAACUCUUUGGAACCGCCCAGUUAAAAGGCUCUGGGUUCAUACAAGGAGGCUUCCACGAAUUCCUGCGUUGCGCAGUUUGUGCAAGAGACGUUAAUGAGGAACGCUAUCAAAGGCUUUUGUAGUCAGUGUAGAUAGCGUGCACCGUAUUGCCUUCGUCACGUGCUCUGGUGCGGCGUUCAAAUGAAAAGAGUAGAUUCGUAAGACAGAACCUACAAUAUCGAAGGCCAUGUUGAGCAUCGGAUAGGAGGUGAUGCUGCGCGAGGGACUGCAUCAACGCUUUCUAAUUAUUUUCUCCAUGAUUUUGCGACAGAUGGAGUUAAGACUCACUGGCCUGUAGCUAUUUACAGACGUUUGACUUCGACCCUUAAAAAGCGAAAUGGUGGUAGCGGACUUCCACUCGGAGUGUAGGCACCCGGUAGAAAAUGGCGUCUAGAAGAGCAGGGCUAACGGUUUGGGCAUAUCGGCGGCUAUCUCUAUUAGUAACGUGGCCGUGAUUGCACCUGGGCCUGUGGAGGUCGAUUCCCUCUGGUUUAGCAACUUUUUUCGAGCGAUUGCCUCGGUGAAGAGGACUGUUUCAAUAGAGGACGUUUCUUCCCCUUCAAUUGCGGUGGGAAAAAUCUGUUUUCCUUGUCACGAGGAACUGGAAGUAAUGAGAGAGAUUUUCAGCCUUCAACCUUCAUCUGAGAUUUCAUCACCCUCGGCCGUUAACGACAUCAAGAUAAAAUCUUUGUUCCACGCACUAGGCUUUAUAUACCUAAAAUAGGCUUUAAGAUUUACCAUGGCAUAGUUCAAAGGAUCAUUUUCGAAGACUUGCCGAUCUUUGGCAAUGGAAAUUUUGACCUGGUUUCUCUGUAACUUGUAAGUGUUUAAGGACUGAGGCAUCCGAUCAAUGAGGGAUCUUUUCCAUAGUUUCCUCCCCUUGUUAACUUCCUUCUGUAAGGAUGGAUUCAAGCAGAGGGGUCUAUUCGCUAGUCUCCGCAUGAUUGGACAGUGAUUGGAGAUGAAGUGACACCUAAGAUCUUGGAUAUCGCCGGAGACUGUGGAUGCCUAGCCUAUAGGACGAAGAUCCUUUUUUAUCUAUUCGAAAUCGUUGAGCCAAAUGUUGGGUCGGGGAUUAAGCGGUUGUUCGGGCAGGGAGAAUAAGGUGUAUUCCAACAUGAGAGCUACAUGGUCACUCUGACCUAAUGGGGGAAGCAAUUCACAACGUUGAUGUUACCAAACAACUUAGUGAACCCAAAGUCAAGGCUGUUCAUUUGUUGACCGUCACGAACUCUCGUCGGAAGCAUUACGUGCUGGGUGACAAGCAGAUUGCCAGUGGUACACAGAAACUACUGGUCGAAUUUUCAGAGAAUUCGGCGGAGGCCAAGCUGCAGACGAUGUGAGGUGCAUUAAAGCCAUCGACGAUGAGAGUACUUGGCUGCGUAGAAAGUAAGUUGAGCUCACCCAGCCGUUGGACAUCAGAUUCAGGGUCAUUACUCGGGGGAUGAUACACUGCCAAGAUGUCGAGGCUUUGAGAGUCCGGUGCUCUUAAGGUCAGCCAUAACUUCCGUGCUACAAGUCAGCUUAGCAGUUGUUUCUGAAACAUGCGAUCCAUUCUUAACAAAUUUUGCUAUACCUCCACCCCUUCUGUUUUCUCUGUCUCUGAGGAACAGUUGAAAUCCAGGAAGCAUAAGUUUCCCAUCAUCAACCUUUUCGGGCAGUUAUGUUUGCGGUUAUUGAGAUAGCGCCUGGGUUGAGGUCGGGCUUCCAAACGGGCCAUGUGUUAGACGCGCUGGAACAUCAUGGGAACCACAUCGGAUCUUGGCAGACGUUAUCCGCUUUGCACAUCAUAACAAAUUCCAACAUUUCGGGAUGUGGUGGCAGAGCCGGUUGCCGACAGUCAUCGCUCGCACUGGAACCUCUGUCGAACCCCAUUGUUGCUGUUGGUUAAAAACCUGGUCAUUUGUUGUGUGGACCAGGGGAUGUGGAGUGGAACGCCAAGGUGCGGACUCAACCGUGCCAUCCACCUACGCCCUCCCCGCCUCCGGUCUUCAUGACUCUGUCUUGACACCGGGUGAAGGUAGGAAAGGCGGAGUGUGGCAGAUGCUGGGCCAGUCUACAUUCACGCGCAGGGAAGCAGAGUGUCGUUUUACUAUCUGAUCUCUGUAGAUUACUAAGUUCUGUCCUCCUUUUCUUCGCCGUGUUCUCAAUUCUAGGACGAGUUUACGGCGUGCCAUUAUUUUGGCAGGUGAGUAUUCUGGCUGAAAAAACACUCCCUUUCGGGAAUGCUUCAGUCGAAAACGCCUGCUAAGUAUUAGUUUCGCCUGCUCAUUGCAGCCUAGGACGCUUUGUAGGGAUCGCGGUGGCGUCUGUAGAGAGGCAUUUGCACGGCUUCCAAGACAAAACGCCUUUAGGACGGUGAUAACUUCCGGUGGUUGCAGCAUUUCAGUGAGAUGUUUCUGGAUUUACUCUAAGUCAGCAACGACUUGUUUCCUGAGGGUACUAACGGGGAACUCUAAAAAGGUCCUGAAUUAUGAUGCAAUGGCCCUUCCCGGGUAUUCCUGUGAUUUCUGCAGUUUGGAAGUCGUUGGCUGGUACGUUGGCCCCCUCGAAGUGGACUGGCAAAAAGUAGGCGGCUGCACCAUUAGUAUAUUUCUCUCCGUGCAGUUCGUCAGCGGUUCUUUUUGAGGCCUCGUAAAUGGUAAAGCACUGUGGUCGAUCGACAGUGCCUCCCUCAGAGGGCUUUGUGAAAAACUGACCCCCAAGUUGGAGGUUUCCUCAGCUUGGGCCUCAAAUUUGCUGAUGCGGGAAUUCGUAAUGGAGAUAAGCCCAUCCGGGGACCACGGCCAUAUGUCCUUGCGUUAGUUGACGUUCCCUCUAAUUUAGACUCCGGAAAUGUGCAAGUUGUCCGGGAAUCGUUAAGGUCAAACGUCAUCUGUGUUAUUACUCCCACUACCUUCGAUGGCACAUUUUCAUCCAUUUUAGUUUGUACGUGCGAUUACUUUUCGGGCAAGCCUAAAAUGCUCCCUCUGGGAUCCUGGCUACGUUUCUCCCAGGUGUUUAGUUCCGUCUUUUUUUUCUACCCCCAAAGACGCUACUUAUACGUCAAAUGCUUCCUUCCUGAAGAUUCAUUACACGGGUUAGCUUUCGCUCUAAUCCGACCUAACCUAUGCGUAGCUACCACCGGGCGGCCCUCUGAAGAAAGAGUUCUAUGAAUAAGCUACUUCAGUUUUUCAACUUCUUCCUAUAGUCGCUGCAUUUUGUAGUCUAUCGUUUGACAGCCAUUACACAAUUAUCCCACGUAAUUCUGUUGUGACGAAUUUACAGAGCCGUUGAACGGUCCCCCAGGCGCGCUUCUGUGGCGCAGGGGUUAGUAGAACUGGUUCUCGUUUUGAGGUCCCCGUUCGAAUUCGCAGUUCGCUUUAUUUUGUUAUACGGGCGCAGACUCAAAUAUUCUGGACGACUUUUCUAUAUCCACAAGAAUAAACUUCCCCGUAAAGAAUGUUGCUUUAAUUAUGACGAAGAAGGCUUUUAUGACGUUCUUUCAGUAGAAAGUAACUUCAUGAACUGAAUAUACUAGUCUUGUCGAGGAAUUUCCAAAAGCCGAAAUUUAGACAUAUACUUGAAGACAGGGAUGCAAUGUCAACUUUUAGAAUAGCAACGCAGCCUUCAUAGAAGUUCUGGAUGUGUUGUUCGUCAGAUAAUCCGUCUUUCUGGGUUUGCAAGUAGGGAGAACAGUAAAAGCCGAAAUUGGAGUUCUGACAAUGUCUUAAAGGAGAUAAGGUGACAGGAAGAUAUUGAUAAGUCGGAUCCAAUUCUUAAUUCCAGCAGGCUCUAAGAGCAUCCAGUAAUUCGAAAUCUGGAAGAAUAAUUUCCUCGGACGUCGAAAAUUGGAAACGAAAUUCAAAACGCAUGGUGGUUGAAGUGUUCCUGUAUUGUUUAGAAAAGCCAUUUUUUGUAAAUCUAUGAGCUCUAGUUAGGCUGUUACAACAUUUCCCACUUCAUCAAUUGCUUAAACAGCAUCCUUUUACAUGUCAUCCCCAAGGAAAUUUUAGAAAUCAUUAUGCCGACACCCUGUUCUCAAAAUAUUUAUACCAUGCCUCUACGACUUCUGCAUUAGUGACUCAAACUUAUUAAAGACUUUGUCAUUAACUCUUCAAGGCCUAAUAUAUAUACCUUGGUGUGAUACUAUGGCCAGUUGCCGCAACAUCCGUUUUCCUUAAGUUUUAUUUGCUGAGACUUAAAACAUAAGAAAACUUGUUAGCGUUCUACAAGUCGCAAAUAUGGCUUGAGAACUAAUGGAAGGCAGUCGUAUUGACUAGAUUAUGUUUUUGGAAAAACCGAUAAUCACUAGACAUAAACCAUAGUACUGAUAUACCAGUCUUGUUUUUAUCAGACUAGUUAUCUCGAGAAAUUUCGCUUCAGUUAUAUAUGACCAGAUGACCCAUUUCCAACAGAAUAUUAUAUUCAACCGUUAGCAGAGGCAUUAAAUUCUGACGUCAGCUGAAAUGCCUGUUAAAACGAAGUCUAUUUUAUCAUUAAGGAAGAUAUAAGCCCCAAAUGUGGAUAGAUGAGACGAUUCAAAUAGCUACCUAGGGAGCAGAUAAAACAGAAUCAGGAUGAAAACGCUGGUAGUGAAUAAUUUUGCAGCAGGAAGAUAUAGACGUUCAGUUUGCCUCUGCAACCUGACCAUACUGAUGUCUAUCAGGCUAUCUGAAAUUUCUGAGCAUCAAGAAAACGAAACGAGCGUCAGCUUUCUCUGCUUGGUUAUCCUUUAGAACGCGUAGUAGAACGAAAAAGAGCUAUACACUGGCUAUGUCAUUUUACUUACAUAUCUGACUAGGUGUGUGAUUCUGUUGACGGUGGGGCGGUGUCAAAACGUUUACACUGAAGUAUACAAAACCAGAGAUACACACUUCCGAUAAAAUAACCCUCCCUUUAAUUAUUUAGGUUACAUGGGGUUGCGAACAAACCUUCCUUCUGUGCUAUUCUGAUGGCCAAGUUCAGCUGCAUCAGCUCCUUUUUGAAUCAAACACAAUGAAUUUGUUGAAUGGCUCGGCAAUCUUUUCUGUCAACCUCUGUGACUUCAGCACUCCAAUGGGAAGCAACAGAUCAGAACUACCGCCAAUGGCCUUCAAAGUCACAGCGUUGACAAUUCCUCCUCAAGGAGAUUUGGUCAACGAGAGAGUUGCUUUUCUUGCCUGCGACGGCAAGUUUCCACACGUGUGGUCGCCACUACACUUGUUAUAGAUGCAAAUUCAGACUGACUAAGCAAUACAAAAUUGCAAUUUUCUGCUUUGGGAUCUUGUGGUUUGAGCUUAUAUUCUACUUUCGGAAGCACUUGUUUUGUGCCAAUUCUAAUCUCCCUAAACGUAAUAUCUUUCAGGAGGGCAUAUAUUUAAAAUCGAUCUGCACUACUACCUUACUGAGCCAAAUGUCACUGAGGGUUACAAGGACAGGACUUCUCCAGUAAGAGGUCUACGAUGGAGGGCACACGCCGGAACAAUAAAUGAUUUGACUUGUUUUUUGCGACUCAAUGAGACAAACGGGGAGCAAGAUCUGUUUCUGGUAACAGGCGGACAAGAUGGUUUGGCGAAGAUAUUUGCUGGGUCAACCGGUUUGUAUGUGGGAGCCUUCAAUCAGGUUAGAUACUGAAGAAAUACUUCGUUUAUCGAAAGCUUAAAUUUGAAAAACCGCAGUUAAUACAGCUACUACGUGCAUUGUGCCUUCAACUAAUUAAAUGUAAUAAGUUAAAGUGGUCCGCAUAUAUCGGAAUUACGGUGCUUAUUAGAGCCAAGUAAUCGAAAUUAAUUACGGAGUUCCUGUAAUUACGCUGUUAGUUAUCAGUCGAUGUGUAAAAAACAAAUUAGUAGCAGUAUGCACUUUCUACGGGCGUUGUCUUCGGAAGGUAUAUCUAAGCGCAUGCAGUAUUUGAACCACCUGAAGCGGCAAGACGCUUUACGUAUUUUACCGCCGGGAUGAAGUGAAUUGAAAAACUGUCAUGGGUCUAAUCAAAGUAAAACUUCCAUCUUACUUCUGUAUCAAGAUUACUCAAUUCCUGUGGAAUUUGAUUUCCGUAGGUCAUGAAAGUAGACUUAAGCAGUCAUUAAUUUUUGUCAUUUGUUAUCAUUCGAGAAUUCAGGACGUCAGUAGUGUGAGAAUAUACCCUUACGUCCUACACCCCCUUGCUGGCGAAGGAAAUGUUGGAAAGUCGAGAAAAACGCAUGCAAACAUUGUCGUUAUUGUUCAUCGACACAUGCAAGAAUGCUAAAAGGACGACUCGUAUGAGUUUCGAGCCAACCGAAACUUGCUUGUUUUACCUGUAGAAGCGAGAAUUAAGUUAAUGGGCUGCGCAAAAUUGCUCGUAAUUGCGAUGUCCAACCUCUAGCAUAAAGCAGCCCGUUGUUGUCCGAUGACGGCGCUUCUUUUUCAGGAAGUAUCUACGCACGGCUCAAAGUUGCGUUCAAACACGUUUCAACAUGUCUUAAGCCUUCUAUAUGCAUAAACAUUUUGUAGAGGGACUAGCACCGAUCGCGUUACGGAACUCACUCGUUCUGUUGUGUUCUGGGUUCUCUCUCAAGCUCCGUCAGCGGUCGCAUAGCGGGGCAUCGGGGGUUACAUACCUUCGAGUAGGACGUGGCCGGCUGAUAUUGGCUACCAAACCUAAUUGACCAUUCCAGCCUCCAUUGUUUUUCGUCUGUAGUGUUAUUCCGCAUAUAUAUUUAAAAACACGGGAGAUCAUGCUUUUACUCUUGUAGUGCUCUUUUAACUCGUGGCUUUUGAAAUCAUCCCAAAGACAGCACCCUGCUUAAGAUUAUUUACAUUAGUCGACUUAAGUGCCAUCAUGGUUCCUGAAUAGAAUCCUUGUUAUAGCUCUUGAAAGUUUGCCUUUUGUCUUCUUCUCAGAGAGAUACUAUCGACUUUUCUCGGCUGCCAGUAUCUGGGUCUCUUUUCAAGGAUGAGAGGAUGGCCAACAUCAUUGAAAAACCAACUGUUGUCUUUACGUCGGAGCCUUUGAUGAGAGUCCCCUGGGUGCAAAGGAAAUUCCGUCUCGAUUCCGUGGCUUCCCAGGAAAAGACGCACUUCAAGUAAGAUUUCGCCUUUGAGUCCGCCAUAAAAAGUAAAACUGGCAAAGAAUCAAAGUGGCGAAAUCGAUAGCAAUGGCAAUGAUCUUUCAGGUGACCAUAAUUUGAGGGAGGACAUGUCAGCGUCUGCCCCGUCCGGCCGAGGUCAGGCCUUCACAUAGCGAGCAAAAAUAGCACAACAGGCAUGUUAUACCGUGGCUCUGGGAUCGGAGGGAGCGUCGGUAAGAAAGUGGCACAAGCCGCAUUUCCAGGGUGAAAUUCAAUAAAUAACUAUUCACUAUCGCACGUCCUUUGUGCUAUUUGCUGAGCUAAAACUUAAAUAUCUGUCAAAUCGCUGAAUGAGCAGCCAUAUAUUAAUAACUGUGAACGAUGGAAAUCGUCCCUCUGCCAACUUGAUCGGGUUAGCACGCAAACCGUAAUGUUACACAGUGGGGAGGAAAGAAUAUUCAAACAAGAGAACAGUCCACACUUUAAAAGAAUAUUUAACAUUGGGGCUGCCAGCGUCAAUAGGUUUCAAAAGCUUUUAUUUAGCUACCAGUGACCCAACUACAUUUAUGCCGAAUUGGGCGUGCCAUAUAAGUGUGAUUUAAUUGCCGAUCCUAUCAUCAUUUUUAGCAUGUCUUAAUGCAUAUUGCAUAUGGUCUUAUUUUGACGCUAACGAUGCCACCCCAGAUGCCUGCACAUGUUAUUGUACACACGUAUGGUAUGCUUUUGAUUGUGUCCUAAUUUGCAAUGUAGACAAAGCUCAAUAGAUUUAUGAGACUAACGUGUACUGCACUGAAAUUUUUGAAUCAAAGUUUUUCUCGAAAAUUGGGGAUAUGUCCCCGUGGUGACGUCAUAAAAAAAGUUGGAAAAGAAAAGGGACUAGAUAUGUUAAACCAAAUAAAAAGGGGAAAAUACCAGGUCUGUUUCGAGAGUCUUAUUGGACGCGCUGAGUUUCUCCUUAUAGACCAAAUGUCCUUUGAAUAUUGGAAAAUUGUGCUAAUAUAAAGCAGAACAUACUUUCUUGAAAUGCUGACCUUCCGCUUUGAACCGCUUUCCUAUUCAGCAGCUGUCGGGCUUUUUAUUGUCCUUCCAUAAAUGUUUCUUUUAUAACCAUCGCCUUCGCCGAGACGAAAUCUACCUUUCUUUUUUAGUUGUAACUUGACUGAUAUUGAUCAAUUAUUACAUGUUUCCAAGCGCCAGGGCUAGAGGACGGGCUCGUAUACCUUGUGCGAAAAUUUCGCUUUUGACGCUUGACUGAUCUUUGGGAUCAUGUCCGGUUGAGUGCUGCUAAUAACUUCAAAAUGUGCAUAAAAUGUGUUUAAUAACUAUCCCCAACUUAGCAUUGUCGUUUUCUAUCAUAAAGCAUCUUGAAUAUCUCUCAAGGUGUGCAACAGGCUGGUACUAUUCUUUCCAGCUUUGACGAGUUAUUGGCGAUAUUUGUUUGUCUCAAAUUUAUUUUGCGUAUUAUAACACAUCCGACGUAGUACACGUGCCCGAAAUUCGGCCGCAUGUAGUAAUAUUUUCAUACUAGAAACGCAUCUUGUACAAUCAGUUAUAUCCAACUUGAUAUAUGUGCUGACCUUGGAAAAAGAUAUGGUUUUCAUGACGCACCUGCAUGACAACAAAUGACCAGCUAUCAGCUGAAUAAGUUAAAUUUUAGCAGCCCGUUAUGCAGUUUCUAAACCAUCCUUCGCCAAGGCAUACACAAGUGUGACUUUUACCAAUAGCAUACAUUUAAGCUUGCUGAAAUUUCUUUUGCCCAUUUCCAUGUGCAGCAGUCCUACAUUCUAUUUGGAAAGUAAGACUGCAUUUUAUGCAUUUAUGCAUCCUAAGACUGCCUUUUCCUGCUCCAAAUUAGUAAUUAGUUCGUGAUGGCCCUCACAACACAUCCACAACCAUUUUGUUAAAGAUCUUUUUGAAUAUAAAAAUUUAGAACGAUAUUUGAUGUGACUCGCGAAAUCGCGGAGAAGAGGCAACCAGAAUUCCAGUCAACAAUUAUAAAAGACGUGUCGGAACUCAGAUUUUUUCAGGAAGGCAUGCAGGUUCGUUUACACAACUACCUAAAAAUCCUAUGUUGCAUUUGAUUUCUUAAAACUGAGAAACCCCUACCUUUUGAUCACUUAUAUUGCGAAAAUAGGGACUUUAAGGUAUCUAGUCAAGCACUCCUAACAAAAUUUUGUUUUUCCAUGGUACAGACUGAUCACUCUCGUCCAGUCAUUACACUGACUUUUUAUUACAUCGUAAAAAACUCCUUUGUAGCACACAAAAGUCUGCGAAAAACAAAUACUAUAUUUGUUUCAUGCUGGCGACAAAGAAAACGUUUUCAGGCGUGCGUUCAUGCGAUAUACUAUUAAGGAGUGGGUGAAUUAAACUACUGUAUUCCUUCUUCUUUUGGCAUCGUAUUCGACAAGCUCUCAGUGAGCUGCAAAAAGCCAAGAAGUUCCGGCCCAGUUGAGUAGGUUUUUUGGAGAUUCGUCUCCGUUAGUUUCUUAGAGAAAACGUAUGCAGGAUACCCCAAUGAAGAGGAAACUUUGCGUUUCAAAUUUCACAACUACAUUUCACAAUUCAUCGCUACAUUGUCCUCUUUUUCGACGCCGUGGACGCCCAGGUUUUUCGCCUACUGCGAGUUCUGUUGCGAAACGCCUCAGUUAAAAGUCCAAGAUGCCAAAUGUUGACGAUCUUGUCUUUCUGGAGUAGCCUAAAACGGAUCUUAAGCGUGCGGGUGAGAUGGGUCGAACGGCAGACAACUUACGCAUAACAAGAAUAUUCGGACAUUGAAAAUAGGUACAUUAACUAUGCGUUCUUAUGAGAUUUCGCCAAAAAUUCCAAAAUGUGUCCUCGACUAGAGAAGAUUAUUAAAGUAGGGUCGUAAAAUUGUCGUGCAGAAUAACGAGAUAUUUCAGUCACGUCAGGAUAUUGGCUUUUGAACCAACUUCUUUCCGGCUACUACUACUCCCUGCCCCACUUUAAAACUACUCCCUAUUCUAAAUAGUUACUUGUAUGACAAGAAUUAUUUUCGUUGAUUUUCAGUGGCCCUACACACUCAAAUAGAUUCUGUAGAAAACAUGCGAAAAUCUUUUCUUGUGGUUCGUUGGUGGAAAUUUACGUCACUCUCAAGUUUGAUACUUUAAGAAGGCGUGUCUUUGGGCUUCAAAAAUUCUCUCAAUUCAUGAAUAACUUUGCACGUGGUCCGCCAUUGCACUUGUAUUCAGAGUUUACAAGCUACAAGGCGUUUAUAUUUCUUGUUAGAAAAUGUGUAUAUUUGUAUACGCUGUUAAAGUAAAAUCAUAUGUGGCUCUUAAAAUUUUUGUAGCGUAUGUGAACUAUGGUCUAUACUUUACAAGCCACAUUAAUAAAUGGACGGAUGCGAUGCUUUAUGGGUAUACAUCUCACGCUCUUAAACAGUUGUAUAAUUAGAAACGUCAUAAGAGUAACAAUCUUCCCUCACGUACAAAAUUUGAAAAAAAGAUAACGUCCUAUCAACUUAGCAGAAGAAAUGAUUCUUGUAUGUUUUCUACAAAAUAUAUUUGAGUCUAUAGGGCCACCGAAAAUCAAUGGAAAUGCUUCUUAUCAUACAAGUAAUCAUUUAGAGCAGGGAAUAUUUUCUGCAAGCGGCCGGAAGGAAGUUGGUUCAAAAGCCGAUAUCCUGGCAUAAUUGAAAUAUCUUUUUAUGCCGUGCGACAGUUAGUUUAACGACAUAACUUUAAUAAUCUCUGAUUGAAGACACAUUUCAUAAGCUAACACAUAAACUGUGCACCAGAAACAGACAAAACUUUUCUGGUGUCGCUUUUAAGAGAGUUAUGUGAGAGUAGACAAAGGAUAUGUGGAACAAACUACCGCUUAUAAGAACAUUUACUGUUACAUAAGAAAUGAAAAAGUCUGCAAAAGUAGUUUAUCAAUACUAGGGACAUUUUGGACGAAUGUCACGUAACAGAUUGCAAAGUAAAUGAACAGAAGGUUUGCAUUCUAAUAUGGAGCCAAAUAAAUAUCAUAUCAGAUGGAAACAAAGAUCCCUAUAUAAAAACGGAAGGAGCGUCCACUAAUUUAGUUGUAAUAUGCAACAUGUUUCCUCCGUUUUGGCAUGGAUUUCAAGCUUAGGAUAAUUACAGAUGAAAAAAUGCCGAUAAGUUAUAAUGCGAAAGGAAGAACGACAAAUACAGGCACACAAUGCUCGUUCCUGACUGCAAAUGACGUCUAAAUCGGCGGUUUCAUUCGUCGAAAUUCUUUUGGGCCGAAAAUACCCCAUUUGCUUAGUCCAUUGGCAUUCAAAAUCAUUAAAGUUGAAAAAAGCUGAUUGUUCAUGGAUUUCCAAUUGCUGAGCCUUCGAUGGUAAGCCCAGUGUGUUAAAAAACUGAGCGUCCCUCUAAAAGAUUCGACUUUUCUUAAUACUAAAGAGUGCGAUUAUCAGUUAUAACUGAUGACACAGUUUAAGAACACCCCCAACGUAAGUAUAGUGGAUUAUUCGGUCUUCAACAUCGUCUAGACGCCUCUAGUUUAACCAUUUUCGGUGAGAUAGUAGUAGUGCCCUAGUAGUACCCUGCAAAUGAUGAAUACGACUAUUCUCGUCGUUUUCUGUUCAUUACAAAUUAUUUUAAGGCUCAGACUGCCAUUUUUGUUGGUUCACAGCAAGAUAUGUCAACUUUACUUUAGUAAAUGUUCUAGGAUGAUAAGUCAAGUAUUAUACACUAACGAUUGCGACAGAUCAAAGACUGCCACAUGUUUUUAUUCAGGAAUGCCAAAUUUUGCGGAGGCGACGAAGAAAAUUCUGCAACGGUAAUCGUUAUUCGGAAUUGCGGCUUCACAAGGUAAGCUGACGAAAUAUGAGACAAUCUUCAAUCCAAAUGCUUGUAUCCCGUAGAUGUACAUUAAACAACGGCUGAUGACAGCAGAAGUCAGAAAUGGCCGUCGUAACACCCCUGUCACUGUCAACAAGACAUGUCAUUUAUUGACUGCUAGCAACCAUGCGACCCCUAGCGUGGGCUGCAGACCCUCAACUGCAAGGCCAGACACAGUGUUGAUUUCCGGUCGACAAUCAUCAUAGAUCGAUAUACGCUACUCUCAUGUGACUGAGAUUCAAUAUGUGGCCUCAGAUACAGUUGAGAGUUUGGGUCGCAUAUACAAGGGUGAAAAGAGAUAUCUGUCUAACGAGAAUACGGAUCUCGACGUGACUCUUCGACUCAUUUAGCUCUAGAUGGUGCCCGGAUAGUUGGCUGGCACCAGCUGGUUCUAGGCCCGUUUCAGCUUUUCACGCGACCAUUUAUCUGUCUCACGGUACUUUGAGCUCUGUGCAUCUAAUGUACAAUUCAAAAGGCAGAGAGUUAAAAAGUUCGUACACGCCGGCCGACCCACGGAUGGUGAACUGGUACAGGAAAACCUCUGUAACUAACUGUCUAUAUGUAAAUUGUCACACAUUUUCCGGAAACAUUUUUUGGUGAUCUGCACAACUUGUGUUUGUAGCACGAGGAGUCCUUAACUCACGAUUCCUUUCAACUUAUGGUUUAUUUAAAACUACAGUUGUUCUUGACUUCAAACUCCAGACUAAUGCAGUUUAUAAGUUGCAAUAUCACUUUUAAGCAAGUAGUCAUGACAAACACAGGCGCGGCAUAGUAAAUAAAUGUAUUAUAAUGCAAUUCAAUUUAAUGGUUAGUCCGAUUACUCAUUAAAUUUUUGGAUCGCAUACUUGGCGGAAAGACAGUGAGACAGAAUAGGCAUUACAGGGUGGAAAGUAAUUAAAUAUUCGGUAUGCCUUAACCGCUGAUAUACGUGUAUCAAAAAUUUCAACGUACACUUUCGGCUAGAAAAAUUGCACGUGUCCAAAAUAAAGUUUAGACUCCGCUCACAUUCAAUCAAACUCUGUAAUUUUUGCGAGUUAAGGUAGCAGUUCGGCAGUAAGACUAACAAACUGCGGACUAAGCAAGAUAAUAAUAUUCUAUAUUCUAUAUUUUGACACGGACAACAUUGUCCGUAAUUCGUAUUGAUGUAGACCUCAGUCCAGUUUACUGUUUUAGCUCAAUGCAAAUCUCUCGGGACUAAAGCCACUGUCAGGACUGUUUUCUGGCACAGAGUGA